AUGGAAUCUGUACAAGAGGAGCCUGAUUCCCCAUCCUCUAUAGAUGUGGAGCGUGCGGCCAACAUAUACUCGUUACUACAGGCCUUGGAACACCUAGAACAAUCUUUUGUGUCAGGAGAUGUGACCACUAAAGAGUAUAAUGAGGAGUGUACGGAGCUAUUGUCCCUUUGUCAUAUCAUAGAGGAAGCAACUCCUAAUGUCUUUGAAAAAAUAGCAAAGGAGUACGAUGUAAAGUGUCCUUUGGCCUUGAAUCGGCUGAAAAGGGGCGCACCGGCAUCAUCGACAAUGAAGCAACAAAGUUCAAAAAAUAACGAGACGUAUCUUAUGUUUGAACUAAGUGAACAUUUUAUAACAUUGGUUGACGCAUUGAAGCUGGGAUGUAGUUUAGUCGAGGAGGUAGGUACACUAUCACUAAUACUCAAAUACCGCUCUCAGCUCUACCCGCUGAUUCACGAACUUGUGGCAUCACUCAGUUGUUUACAAAAACUACUAUCGGAAUCGGGAAACAGCCAAGCAGCUACAUCUGCUCUAGAAAAACUAGGAGAGUGGAGAUCGAAAUUAGAAAAGAUGGCAGCAUACGAUAAAUUGGAGGAAACUGAUAGGAGGCAACUAGCAAUGGAUACUGAAGCUGCUUACGGUGCUUUGAAGGUUUCUUUGCGGAUGCAAGGUUGA